AUGCUUUGUAUCGUAUGCGAAUGUAGCCGCAUUCAAAUUCCUCUUCACGGGCGCCAUUUACUUUCCUUCUCCUCCAUUCACGUCUCACAGGCCAUUUUUUUUGCUUAUCAUAGCAUAUUUGAAGGUGGGUCCAGGAUAGGUAUAGUGAAGCGAAGUUGGCGCGAUGGCUUAAGGCGCCUCUCGUUAUCUGCAGAGCUUCCAUUAGUCCAUCCGUGUGAAGAAAACUUUAUCCGUGCGCAUCAAGCAAACGCAGGGAAUAUAAAAACACUUCUCCCCAGAUGA